AGGGUCCUGGAUGUGGUGGGUAGGCUCUCUGAGCAUUGUCGAACUCUGAAAGGAGCGGCCGCCGUGAGUGUGGGCCCUGAAGCCUUCUCCUUCCUCGUGUCCUCUGCCCGGCCCGCGUCGCGCGAGGCCACUGAAGGCUCCGGUCCCCGCGGGCUGGCGCCUGACCAGCAAGGCCCAGCGCUUUCCUGUCGACUACAUUUGAAAGACCCGUCAACCUUGGAUGAUUUUGCCUGGGAAUGGCAAUUGGGCUUGAGUGCCUUCAAGAAGGGCACCCCAAGCAGUUGUGGAUGCAUCCCUCUCUACUAACAUCUUGGUCCUGAUGUCUGACCAUGGAGAUGUGAGCCUCCCACCCGAAGACCGGGUGAGGGCUCUGUCCCAGUUGGGAAGUACUGUGGAGGUGAAUGAAGACAUUCCACCUCGUCGAUACUUCCGCUCUGGAGUUGAGAUGAUCCGAAUGGCAUCCAUUUACUGUGAGGAAGGCAACAUCGAACAUGCCUUCAUCCUCUAUAACAAGUACAUCACGCUCUUUAUUGAGAAACUACCUAAGCAUCGAGAUUAUAAAUCGGCUGUCAUUCCUGAAAAGAAAGAUACAGUAAAGAAAUUAAAGGAGAUUGCAUUUCCCAAAGCAGAAGAGCUGAAGGCAGAGCUGUUAAAACGAUAUACCAAAGAAUAUGCACAGUAUAAUGAAGAAAAGAAGAAGAAAGCGGAGGAAUUUGCCCGGAAUAUGGCUAUCCAGCAAGAAUUGGAAAAGGAAAGACAGAGGAUAGCACAGCAGAAGCAGCAACAGCUGGAACAGGAACAGUUCCAUGCCUUUGAGGAAAUGAUCCGGAACCAGGAGCUAGAAAAAGAGCGACUGAAAAUUGUACAGGAAUUUGGAAAGGUGGACCCUGGCCUAGGUGGCCCACUGGUGCCUGACUUGGAGAAGCCCUCCUUAGAUGGGUUCCCUACCUUGCCUGUGUCAUCCACACAGCCUUCAGACUGUAACACAACCGCAAGGCCAGCUAAGCCACCAGUGGUGGACAGGUCCUUGAAACCUGGAGCACUGAGCAACUCUGAAAGUAUUCCUACAAUCGAUGGAUUGCGCCAUGUGGUGGUGCCUGGGAGGCUGUGUCCACAGUUUCUCCAGUUAGCCAGUGCCAACACUGCUCGGGGAGUAGAAACAUGUGGAAUUCUCUGUGGAAAACUGAUGAGGAAUGAAUUUACCAUUACCCACGUUCUCAUCCCCAAGCAAAGUGCUGGGUCUGAUUAUUGCAACACGGAGAAUGAAGAAGAACUUUUCCUCAUACAGGAUCAGCAGGGUCUCAUCACACUGGGCUGGAUUCAUACCCAUCCCACACAGACCGCCUUUCUCUCCAGUGUCGACCUACACACUCACUGUUCCUACCAGAUGAUGCUGCCAGAGUCAAUAGCUAUUGUCUGCUCCCCCAAGUUUCAGGAAACUGGAUUCUUUAAAUUAACUGACCAUGGGCUAGAAGAGAUUUCUUCAUGUCGCCAGAAAGGAUUUCAUCCCCACAGCAAGGAUCCACCUCUGUUUUGUAGCUGUACCCAUGUGACUGUUGUGGACAGAGCAGUGACCGUCACAGACCUUCGAUGAGAAUUUGCUCAAACACCUUCUGAGAAUUAUAAAACUAUAUCAAUGUACUGUAGCCCCUUAAUUUAAGCUUCCUGGAAAGCUUUGGAAGUUUUUUAAGACAGAAUAGGAAGGUAGCAACACCUGGGGAAGAAUUAAUUUUUUAUUUCUGGUUUAAAAAGAAAUAAUUGAUUAUAUUUUUUAGGCAAAUCUGGAAAGGAGCAUAAUCUCAGUAAAGCAACUAACUCAAAAAUUAAGUCAAAAGAAUGGUAUGAGGAGCACCCAUAUGUCCUUCUUUCUGGAUUCACCAAGUGUUAACCUUUUUUUCUUUUAAGCUAUCUUAUAAUUUAUCUGCCAACUUGUUUAUAAUCUACCUUUGAACUAAAUGAGGGCAUCUAUGCAGAAAUUUGGAAGCCAUCUAGAAACCUUUUGGGUUUUCCUUUUUAUGGGAAUAUUAAUGGAGCUUAUUACAAGGGGUGGGGCACAUCUCACUACAUCUGAACGGACAGUGAGACUCACAAACCCUGAUGAAUGAUUUUUGUCUGGAAUUGUGUUAUUUAACAAAUAUUUUGGGAUAUAUUUCCUCUGCAAUAAAAUAACAACUUAU